UUCCCACUCUGUCACUUGCCUCCCUCCAUCAUAAAAAGCUCUCGGCAGCCGCCGGCUCCAGCCUUUGCUGGUGGCCAGAGGGCAUCGCUUCUCCGAGCGCUGCUCCGGCAUGGACAAGCUGCACGAGACACUGAUAAACAUGGAAGAUGCUCUGGGCUCCGAACACCCCGCCUGCUUGUCGUCCUGGGACUGGAAAAGCCCGGCCGGCUCCUUCGAGCUGCACCCCGUGUCGCCCCCGCACAGCCUGUCCCCGACACCCUCCUUCGAGUCCUACUCCUCGUCGCCGUGCCCGGCGGCGGCCGAGGCGCCCUACGGCAGCGGGGGCAGCGGCCUGGCGGCCUACGGGCUGGUGGAGCUGCCGCCCGCGCUGCUGCCCAGCCCCGGGCAGGCCCGGCUGCCCAAGGGCACCAAGGUGCGCAUGUCGGCCCAGCGCAGGAGGAAGGCCAGCGAGCGGGAGAAGCUCCGCAUGAGGACCUUGGCCGACGCGCUCCACACGCUCCGCAAUUACCUGCCCCCUGUCUACAGCCAGCGCGGCCAGCCCCUCACCAAAAUACAGACCCUGAAGUACACCAUCAAGUACAUCGGCGAGCUCACCGAGCUCCUCAACAGCGUCAAGCGGGUGUAGAGCCCGCGGGAGCGCCUGCCCGGCACGCUCGGGGCCUUACAAACAGAACCAUCGACACCAAAACCAUCGACAUUUCCUCCUCGGCAGAGCGCGGUGCGGC